AUUUACAUAUAGUUUAGAGAAAAGAAGAAACUAUGAGAAAGUUUGUUUUUGUUUUACUUCUGUCUGUGGCUAUUGUCACCGGCAAUGUGAUUAAUUCUCCACACGACUCAGAUGAUCAAAUUUUAAACACUGGAGAGGACCCUGAUAAUGACGAAUCUUACAUCGAUUUGCUGUCGUCACCUGAAGGCGACUCUGAUGAAGAGAGUGAAGAAUUGAGUCCAGAAAUCCCUUCUUACAAAGGAUUGAUCAUAUCAUCAAUUGUCAAAAAGUCUCUAAAACAUAUGAUUAAACAAAUGCCAUGUGGAUGGCCAGAAGCUGGAAUUCCUCCACUAGCACCCUAUCGUAAGGAAGAGCUCACACUUCAAGCUCAGAAGUCUUUCGUAAGCACUCUAAGUCAAUUGGUACGAUUACGGCUUGACGGACUCGAUGACAUUAAAAUCAAAAAACUCAGCUUAAGUUAUAUGUACAAAAAGGUCAAAUUCCACUUCAUAUUCCGCAAAAUAAAAACAACUUCCAAAUUCAACACUGAUACGUUUUUGAACUUGAUGAAGGAACUAGGCGUUUCGGUUCGUUACGAGGGCAAAGGAGCUAUUGACUUCAGUCUCAUUAACUUGUCAAUCAAGGGCUCAUUUAAAUACAAGGCUCCUAUGAUCUGGGGCAGUGUAAAAAUCUACAAGUUCAAAAUGGGCAUUACCUUAGGAGACUGCAAGUCCAACAUCACGGGAAUAGCUCCAACUUCGAAUAUCAAUCGUUUUAUUAACAAUCAAAUAGAAGACACCAUUUUGUCGGGCAUUAAUGACAACCAAGCUGAAAUUAGUGCUAGAAUCGAAGAAUACGUUGUGCCCAGCAUCAAUGAGAGUCUAAAAGGUAAAAAUAUUUGGGCUGUGAUUGCCAUGAAGCCACCAAAGCCCGACGGCAAGUGUGUGCCUCCCCCAGAUCCAUGGGCUUGAGGUCUUAAGAAUCUGACGCUACGCGACGUUAUGAAAUGAAAUAAAAUAAAUCCUUUAGCUGCAAAA